AAGUGGACAGGAUUAUUUCUGGGCGACUUGAAGACCGAGCAGGCGUCGCUUGUGUUUGUGAAGAGGAUGAUGGCUGUAGCCGUGUCCUCCAUCACUUAUCUCCGGGGGAUCUUUCCAGAGGACGCCUACAGGUCCAGAUACUUGGAGGAUUUGUGCAUUAAAGUCUUGCGUGAAGACUGCAGCACCCCUGGAGCAAACAAAGUUGUGAAAUGGAUGAUGGGCAGCUUUCAUGCAUUAGAAAAGCAAUAUCUCCAGAUUGUGUUUAUUGGGGUCUACACUAACCCUGAUGAUCCCAGUUGCAUAAUUGAGUCCUACCAGUUUAAAUUUAAAUAUACAGAAAAGGGCCCAGAGCUGAACAUCAUCAGGAAAAAUGCUGUUCAGAUGCAGGUGACUCUAGAGGACACCAAAAGGGCGUCUGUGCUGCUGAUCAGAAAGCUGUUUUUGCUUAUGCAGAAUUUAGGCUCCCUCCCAAACAAUGUCUACCUGACCAUGAAGCUUUACUACUAUGAUGACAUGACUCCUGGGGACUAUGAACCCCCUGGCUUCAAAGAGGGUGAAUGUGACAGUUUGUGGUUUGAAGGCACCGCCAUUCACUUUAAGGUUGGCGACGUGCAGACACCUUUCCACACUUUGAGGGUGCGCGUGUCGGCAGAACAAGGUCGAAUGGCCAAGCUUCAAGAAGGGAAUCGCCUGCGAGACACCAAACGCAAGAAAAAUGGCAAAAUGCAACAAGACUAUCAAAAGAAGGAUUUCGACAAAGAGGAUGUCCCUUCAGAAGAUGAGUCUGCACAGUUCAAGAAGCCCACACAACCACUGGCAAAGGUAAGGUAA